CGCAUGAGCUGUGUGUCAUUCUUUAAUAUUCUAUUCAUUUUCUGCCUUGACUGCUUAUAAGAAUAGAGGAUCAACAAGAAGUUUCACAUUGAGAUGAAAAUUUGUCCUUUAGAAAGGAGGUUUAAAACUCUCAGCACUUAAAUUUAAAGUUUUUCCGUUGUAACUCCGUCCCACCAAGAGACCGGCUCACUCUGCCUGACAAAGAGCUCAGCUCUAACACUCUGACACUAAGCUGAAGAGUUUAAGAAGAAAGCCAGCUCUGAAGAAUUUUACAAGACUUUGCCUUUUUCCCUUCAGGGCAGGGAGGUAUUUUUUGUAAUAUACAUAUAUAUAUAAAGAAUGGGAGAUUAUGAUGACGAUACAGCAUUUCUUGGACAGAGCGGUCCUUACUUCUGGACCACAUUCUUUCUCCUAAAUGUUGUUUUUGUGUCAACCGGAUUCAACGGGCUUUACAUUGUCUUUGUUGGAGCAGCUCCGAAACACCACUGUUUGAUUCCAGACGUCAACCUGACCGAGGAGUGGAGAGAUGCCAUCAUUCCCUUUACGAUAGUGGAUGGUGAGGAAGUUCAGAGCCAGUGCAGCAGAUAUAAGAUAGACGUGGUUAGAAAUCUUUCUGCACAAGGAUAUAUUCCUGGAAGAGAAGUUAACCUGACGACCCUGGAGCAGGAGGGAUGUUUAGAUGGAUGGAAUUACAGCAAAGAAAUCUACCAAUCCACUAUAGUCACUGAGUGGGACCUUGUUUGUGACAACCAAUGGAAAGUUCCAUUUGCAUCCUCGAGUCUAUUUGUGGGAUAUCUCAUUGGGUCCCUAGUCUCAGGACAGCUUUCAGACAGGUUUGGAAGGAAGAAGGUUGUUUUUAUGUCUCUUGGGGUCCAGUGUCUCUCCGUCCUGCUUCAGUCCUUUUCUCAUUCGUGGAGGAUGUUCUGCAUCAUGUACCUCUGGGUUGGAGCCUCUCAGAUAUCCCUCUACAUUUCUGCAUUUGUUCUAGGAACUGAGGUUUUGAGUAAAACUAUGCGUGUGCUGUUCACAACUCUCGGAGCCUUCCUUUUCUACUGCAUUGGGUACAUGACACUUCCUUGGAUUGCAUACGGCAUCAGAGAAUGGAGGACUCUGGUUGCAGUUCUGUCAACAACCUCUCUGAUAAACUUUCCACUGUGGUGGUUUAUCCCAGAGUCUCCUCGAUGGCUGAUGACUCAGGGGAGAGUCAAAGAGGCAGAGGCCAUUGUCAGAGAAGCUGCAAGUAAAAAUAAAGUUCAGGCACCACCUGUAAUCUUUAAAGAAUCUGAGGAAUUGCCUCUUUUCAAGACAUAUACCAUGCUUGAUAUUCUGAAAUCCAAGAAUCUGAGAUGUAUCACACUGAUGUGUCUCCUUUUAUGGAUGGCAAUAAACAUUGGGUAUUUUGGUUUAUCGCUGAACACAUCCAACCUCAGUGGCAACCCAUUUGUGAACUGUUUUUUGUCUGCUACAACCGAAGUCCCCGCUUACAUAGUCUCUACAUGGCUGCUAAAAACAUGUCCCAGAAGAGUGCUCCUUUCAUUGUUCCUUAUCAUUGGAGGAGGAGUUCUUCUGCUCAUCCAGUUCAUCCCUGACACCCUUCACAAUGUUGCUCUGGCAUUAGAAAUGACUGGAAAGUUUGGCUUCACUAUGGCCUUCAGCAUCGUGUACAUCUACACUGCUGAGAUUUACCCCACAGUACUCAGGAAUAUUGGCAUGGGGAUGUGCUCCUCAGCUGCACGUGUUGGCAGUAUCACAGCACCUUAUGUCAUUUUUUUAGGUACGUAUAAUAAAGUUCUGCCUUAUGUUUUAAUGGGAAGUCUCACAAUUGCUUCCUCUGUGGUUAACCUCUUCCUUCCGGAGACCCUUCAUAAAGAUCUUCCGGAAACCGUGGAGCAGAUGCAAAAAUGUCAGGGGCUUUGCAGUGGACCAAAAGAAGAAGAAAUGCAUAACAAAUGCAGCAAUAGUUAACCCACCCAUACCAUGUGAGGCCCAUUCUGAUGGGCAAGCUCUUUCUCUUUAGUUUAUUUGAUGUCAAGUCUUUUGCGUGAAAGUGAUCAUCUGAAAUCCCAAAAUAAAAUUCUGCAAGCAUGCUAAGAUUGUGAAUUCAAGAAUUCCUAUAAGUAUUUAGACAUAUUGCAAAUAAAAACAUUCAUUUUUUAUGGAAUUGAAUGGUCACAAAAUUCAAGUAAAAAAUUAACAUUUGAACCCUAUUAGCGCACAGUUCUGGUUUUGUGUUUUAACAGCUAAUACCACACUUAACAUCAUUGUCUAUUUUAUUGUUUUUACUGCCAGUGAAAAGUUUGAUUUACUGUAAUAAAAAGCAUCAUGCUACCAUACUAAUAAAGAAAAGGGUACAGUCAGCAGGUCUUAAGCUUAGUUAGCAUAAAAUCUGGAAAUGGAUAGCAGCUUGCUUGAUUCUGUCCAAAGGUAGCAAACGUCACCUGCCAGCAUAUCUGAAGCUUACUAAUUAACUUGUAAUAUCUUGUUUGUUUAAGAGAAGACAGAGCAAGGAGUUCUGGGAUACCCCAACCCCCAAUAUUGAAAUGGGAAGACUUGAAACCAUUGAAGUGUUACAAAUCGUUGACUGAAUCAGUGCACAAGAUGUUAAUAGAUUACAUGUUUGUUUUACUGUUUUUUCAAAUAAAUUGUCAUUGAAUA